CGACUGAGUUAAGUUAAAGUAGUAAUCCGGUGCAUCUCGCGGAGGAGACUGGUGUCGCGGAGCAUCCUCAGGAGACAUGUCACUCAUCGAUUUUCUCGUACUUCCGACCAUCCUUCUCGCCUGGUCAGCGCGCGCUAUCUAUUCCAUUCCAGCGUAUCCGGAAGGUGCGCUGCUGAACGACGAGGCGUUGAUCAUCGAGUCGGUGCUGCAACGCGAACCGGCGACGUUCAAAUUGUACACCAGGGAGAACCCGUUCGGCGAGGAGCAGCUGUUCCUGAACGACACCGAAGUGCUAUACGCGUCGCACUUCAACGAGAGCAGACCGACCAAGUUCAUCGUGCACGGAUUCAGCGAUACCGGAAAAGAGGCUUGGGUGCGGGGCUUGAUAGACGCUUAUCUGGUUUACGAGGAUGUGAACGUGAUAGUCGUCAGCUGGGGGAUUCUGGCGGCCGACGAGUAUCCGGCGGCGGCUAAGAACACGCGCGUCGUCGGCAAGUUUUUGGCCCACUUUCUGGAAUUCUUGAGUCGAGACUCGAACCUGGAGUACAAGGACGUUCACAUCAGCGGCCACAGUCUGGGCUCGUACGUGGCCGGUUUCGCUGGGGCGUAUCUCGAAGGCCGUAUCGGCAGAAUCACAGGUCUGGACCCGGCGAGUCCUUUGUUCGAAACCAUCUCCGGUAUCGUCGACCCGGAAUACCGGCUGGACCCGACCGACGCUCAAUUCGUCGACGUGAUCCACACGAGCGGUCCCGCAUUCGGAUUCUUGGCGCCGUUGGGACACGCGGAUUUUUAUCCCAAUAACGGAAAGUUCCCACAACCCGGGUGUUCCUACAUGCCAACCAUAACUUACUGCAGCCAUUCACGGGCGCAUCAGUUCAUGACCGAGAGCAUCGGCAGCACGGUGGGCUUCAAAGCGAGGAUGUGCGACAGCUGGGAGAAAUACAAGAAAGGACAUUGCAAUCACAAUCCGAUCGUUCUGAUGGGCGAAUAUGCCUCUACAUCAUUACGCGGCAAAUUCUACUUGACGACCAACGACGCACCGCCGUUCGCGCUGAAGUGACGUUCGCCUUGGGCAUCGAUCUCGACGGAUUUCGACUUGAGAGAAUUUGCGAACUCACGACGAUUACGAUCGCGCCGAUCGCGUAAUAAUCCGUACUAGUCAUUCGUAAAUUACUUUAUUUAUGAAACCCUCGAAUACAUAUCGGGCAUGCAUGUGCCGUAUCAGGAUGUAUCUUUACACGCGUAAUGUUGUAUACUUAGAAAGAGUACAAAUUACAUUAACUAAGCAAUC